AUGAAUAAAAAAAAUUAUAGCAUUUUUUUUUCGUAUGUUAAUGAGACCCAAAAAGGAAUACUACAUUAUAUCUCAUUUAAAUUUCUUUGCUUAUGUUUAUAUAUGAUCGGUUUUUAUUAUGUUUUUCUAAAUAAUUCUUCAGAAAAUAGUAGCUCAGAAAUUGUUAAAAAUUGUAAUAUAUAUAAAAGAAAUUUAGUUCAGGUAGAAAAAAAUAAUAAGGGUUCAAAAGUAAAAGAAAGCUUAAAACUUAAAAAAGAAGAUAGUGAUAAAUCAAUAGACAACGUAAAUGACAUAAAAUAUAACGAACAAAAGAUACAAGAAAAUAUAUAUACAAUUAAUAAUGAUAUUGAGAAUACUAAUGUAAAAAAUGAGCGUAAUAUUUUUAUUAGUAGUAUAAAUAAUAAUGAUAUGUCAAAGAAUUUAACGGAAAAGGAAUUAUAUGAGGUUUUAAAUUCUUUAGAGGAAUGUCCAUCAAAUGAAGAUCUUAGAAAAAUAUGGACAAACACACUUACUGUAGCAAAAGGAGGAUUUGAUGAUAUACAAAAAGAAUUGAAGGAAUUAAUACAAGAAUAUUUAGAUAAUGAUAUUUAUCCUAUCUUUCGUUGUAUUAAAGGAAAAUUUGGAUAUGGAAGUAUAUGGGAAGAAAAUAUUUUUAGAUUUUAUAGAACUGUAGCAAAUGAAGAAGUACAAUACAGUAACGAUUUUUAUAGGUUAAUUAAUGAUGAACAUACACUUGAAGAUAUAUUAAAAUUUAUUUAUUCAUUCUUAGAACAUUUCAAGACAUUAAAAAAGGAAUUACAAGAAGAACACCAAAAGCAACUCUUACAAAAAAUUGAACAAAAAGUAAAUAAGUGA